AUGGCGGGCAUGGAGAAUAUCGAAGUGCACAGCAAGUCGUACCUCGUUCGCUGGGUCAACGUCUCUGCAGGCCACAGCAUCUCAUGGAGCAUACAACCGCACAAGAAGUCUCUGAACUUUGGUAUCUUCAAGCACCCAGGCAAUGCGACCGGCGCAGCCUCGAGUUUGCCCUCGGGCACGAUCCUCGACAAUGGCCCCGCCACGCCCGGCCUGGAGGUGCCAACAGGUCACACACGAGCACGAGGCGCCUCAACGUCAACGUCACGCAACGAGAGGACAUUUGUAUUGGAGAAACUGGCUGCUAUCGGGCUGAAGCAGGUGCAUUGGCAGGGAAAAUGCGAGGCUGAUAUGGUAUCUAUGGGAACCUAUGAUGUUCCGCAAGGCGAAGGCGGCAUGUAUGGCCUGGUGUUCGACAACACCUUCUCCAAGACCGUCUCGAAGACAGCAACCUUUGUGCUCAUGACGUACCCCACCAAUGCGCCGCCGAAGUCAGGUCACCACAUGCACUAUGCGCAGGCAAUGGCAGGAGCCAGCUCCACCAGCCUCAAUAAGCCAAGCCCUUCAAUGGGACCCGUCGAGUCGUCCGAGUCGCUGCCACAACAGCUCGCAGAGCGCCCACGCUCUAUGCACGAGAAACCAAAGCAAGCCAGUAUCUCUAGCUCAUCAUUCAUGACUGGCGUACUGCUAAAAAAGAGGAGGAAGAAGAACCAGGGGCAUGCCAGGCGCUUCUUCUCCCUUGACUUCACUACCUCGACCCUCUCGUACUACCGCAACAACCACUCGUCAGCUCUGCGUGGAGCCAUACCACUUUCUCUCGCAGCAAUUGGUGCAAGCGAGGAGACAAGGGAAAUUUCGGUAGAUUCUGGAGCUGAAAUCUGGCAUCUGAAAGCGAGCAAUGCUGCCGACUUCGUCAAGUGGAGAGAUGCGCUCGACAAAGCCUCACGAUCAGCUGUCGCUACAGCCUCACCUACUCUACAAAUCAAGGGACAGCCCCUUCCAACCCUCCGCACACACUCAAGAUCCUGUGGAGGACAACCAGUGGGCCAGAGUAGAGGCGCUAGUUGGCUAGCCCAAAGUACAGAUCCUAAAUACGGUACAGCGUCGGGCGUCUCCUCAGGCGCAUCGACGAGCAAACUGAACGACAGCCUAUCUCCUGCACCAUCAGAGGAAUCGGGUGACUAUUUCCCCGAGACUGGCGCUACAGAACGUAAGUCUUUCUGGAAGCGCAAGGCCAGCACCUCGGCGCAAAGCCCAUCUGGCAUGAUGAGGAGAAACACAUCUGGCGUUCCUUCGCCUGCUGGACCCGUUCCUCCUGUGCCUGCUUUGCCAGCGAACAUCAAUGGUGCUCUCGCAGUACCGAAGCGCGCAAACAAUGGCCCGGCUUCACACGAGGACAGUGUCCACGAUCAUUGCAUGGCUCUGCUGCGAGAUCUCGACUCUGUCGUAAAAGACUUCUCGGAUCUCAUCAACCAAAGCAAGGAGAGGCGAAGACCGGCACCUCUUUCUGCAGCGCCGUCUCGCCUUAGCAUCGACUCACAAGAGUCUGCAGACGAGUUCUUCGAUGCGGAGGGCGGUGAUGGGUCCAAGUCUAACCUGCUUGCCAUCAGGCGUGACAGCAGAGAGGUUGAGGAAAGACAAGACGAUGAGAGCUCAGAUGACGGAUCAGAGUCCUCGUCAGAGCACGAAGCGGCUGGUGUCAUUGACCGAGCACGAUUCUCGAUGGACCAGGCGCCCUCACUGUUCCCUGUGCAGCCAACCUCACUCGCCCCACUCCCUCUGGGGCCUGUGAAGCGUAGAAACGCCGUUCAAGCACCUAAAGUGCAGCCGCCAAGUCUGAUCGCGUUCCUACGGAAGAAUGUUGGCAAGGACUUGUCCACAAUCGCUAUGCCUGUCUCAUCGAACGAGCCCACAUCGGCCUUGCAGCGCCUAGCUGAGCAGCUCGAGUACAGCGAGUUGCUCGAUGCAGCUGCAGCCGCGCCGUCUGACACUGGUGAACGGCUCGUCUACAUGGCUGCUUUCGCUAUCUCCGCCUUCAGCAACAGUCGUUCUAAGGAGCGCGCAAUCCGCAAACCCUUCAAUCCUAUGCUCGGCGAGACUUACGAGCUUGUCCGUGAGGACAAGGGCUACCGUUUCAUCGCCGAGAAAGUCGUCCACCGUCCCGUUCGUAUGGCUUGCCAAGCAGAAGCGAAGGAAUGGACUUUCAUGCAGUCGCCAACGCCUGUCCAGAAGUUCUGGGGUAAGAGUGCCGAAUUGAACACCGAAGGUCGCGUGCGUAUCUUUCUCCACAGCAGCAACGAGCACUACUCUUGGAGCAUCGCUACUUCGUACCUCCGCAAUGUCAUUGCAGGCGAGAAGUACAUCGAGCCCACAGGCACAAUGACCAUUGUCAACGAGACCACCGGCGCGAAAGCGGUAUGCACAUUCAAGGCGGGCGGCAUGUUUGCCGGUCGCUCUGAGGAAGUCAGUGUGCAAGUUUUCGAUAGUACGGGCUCGGUGCUGCCUAUGGGCGCAGUAGGAAAGUGGACAGCAGACUUACAAUUUACGUCCAACGGCCAGCCCAAUGGUCAGACCAUCUGGAAAGUAGGUACGCUUGUCGAUAAGCCUGAGAAGCACUACGGCUUAACCUCGUUCGCUGCUGCACUCAAUGAGAUCACUUCUAUCGAGCAGAACCAUAUCCCAGUCACGGACUCACGACUCCGGCCUGAUCAGAAGGCGUGGGAAGAUGGAGAUCUGGAUAAGGCUGAGGGUUUGAAGGCUAGACUCGAGGAGCGACAGCGCGCUAGGAGACGUGUGAUGGAAGAGCACAACGACGAGUGGAAACCAAAAUGGUUCACAAUGGCCCAGGGAGCAGAGGCGGCCGCUUUAGGCGACGAAGAGACAUGGAGACUGAAGGGUGGAAAGGACGGGUACUGGGAGAGCAGGGAGGCGAAGCGUUGGGAUGGAAUCGUUGACGUGUUUGAGCAUUGA